AUGGCGUCAGUUUCGGAAAUGUACGAUGUAGGCUGGGAAGAGAUGCGUGACAAAUUGCGCAAAUGGAGAGAGGAUAACUGCAGAAACAGUGAACAAAUAGUGGACGUUGGUGAAGAGCUCAUCGGUGAACAUUCAGCCAAACUGGGGGAUGACAUAUGGAUUAUUUAUGAGCAGGUGAUGAUUGCAGCGUUGGACUGCAGUCGGGAUGACUUGGCUCUGACCUGUCUACAGGAACUGAGGAAGCAGUUUCCAGAUAGCCACAGAGUGAAGCGAUUAUCGGGCAUGAGGCUGGAAGCUUUGGAAAGGUAUGAUGAGGCCAACAAGCACUAUGAUGUGAUUCUUCAAGACGACCCAACAAAUACGGCAGCAAGAAAACGCAAGAUCUCUAUUUUGAAGGCCCAGGGAAAGAGCCCCGAAGCCAUCCGGGAGCUCAAUGAGUAUUUAGAGCAGUUUGUUGGUGAUCAAGAAGCAUGGCACGAGUUGUCAGAACUCUAUAUAAAUGAACAUGAUUAUGGAAAAGCUGCAUUUUGUCUUGAGGAGCUGAUGAUGUCCAAUCCUCACAAUCACUUGUAUUGUGAGCAAUAUGCUGAGGUGAAGUACACACAGGGAGGCUUGGAAAACCUGGAGCUGUCUCGAAAGUAUUUUGCCCAGGCUCUGAGGCUGAACAACAGAAACAUGAGAGCAUUGUUUGGUCUGUAUAUGUCUGCAAGUCACAUAGCUGCCAGUCCAAAGGUUAGUGCCAAGGUGAAAAAGGACAACAUAAAGUAUUCCGCAUGGGCUGCCAAUCAAAUAAAUCGAGCCUAUAAGCUGGCUGGUCGUGGGUCAAAGGAGAACAAGUGCUCUGUAAAAGCAGUGGAGGAGAUGCUGGAAUCCAUGCAGAUAACCAUGUCCUAGGCGUCCUCCGCCAUGACCAUCCCCCUUCCUCCUCUUGGAACCAUUUGGCAGUUCAAAUAGACCAAUGAGUUUUUGGUGAAACUUAAUCUAACGUUGUUUUUUUGUUUGUUUUGUUUUGUGCCCUUUCAAGUUUGGGUCUUCCAUCAUCAUAAUGUGGCACAAUUCCCACAGAAGUAUAACUUGCUUUAAUGUUUUAUAUUCCGUUGUCUGGCUCGACCUAACAGGCUACAACAAUGUGAACAAGACAGAGAAAAAGAUGCACAUGAAAAGCUAUUUAUCGAGACUGCGGAGACCUCUCUACAACUGAUGGAUAUGUAAGAAAAUUUGCCUUACAGUUAAAUCUUGUAAAAUGUCUUAAUAAAAGUUGAACUGAUGACGUGUUCAUG